CUUACUACACAGAGUGACAACCGAACGGGGGGAGAUGGCGCCCAGCUCAAAAUCAGAAAAGGACGAUGGCAAGCAGAAAGCUCAAAGAAAACACAAAGACCAUGUCGUUAAGCUUCUCAUGCGUGGGAAGCUGUCGGGGCAUUUUUCUCAGCGUCUGUUUAGGAAGCUGCCGCCUCGAGUUUGUGUCCCAUUGAAGAACAUUGUCAGCGAAGAGUUCCUGAGAGCAGGACAUGUCUUUCUUGGCUUCACCAAAUGCGGCCGCUACAUUCUGUCCUACACCAGCGACUGUGGAGAAGAUGAUUUCUCAUUCUAUACCUACCAUCUUUAUUGGUGGGAGUUCAACCUGCACAGUAGACUAAAACAGGUCCAUCAUGUGCGUCUGUUUGCAGGCGAGGAAAUCUACAGCGACCUAUACCUGACUGUGUGUGAGUGGCCAAAUGACCACUCCAAAAUUGUUAUCUUUGGCUUCAAUACACGCAGUUCAAGCUCUGUUCUGAUGAACCUUAUGAUGAGUGAUGAAAACAACAGAGACAUCUACAUCACUAUUGCUUCCAUGCCACCUCCAAAACCGUGCUCUUUCUGCUGUCCAGUUCCCUUUGCCACUACCAUACGAACCGGGAGUGGGGAGUGUCUCGAGCACGGCUAUGUACUCAACAGCAGGUACCAGGUGGUGUACCCGUUCCCCACUUUCCAGCCAGCCUUCCAACUGAAGAAAGAUCAGGUCAUCCUGUUAAACACUAGCUACUCUCUGGUGGCCUGCGGCAUCUCACUCUGCCCAGGUAAACCGGGUCAAUCAUCGCAGAUCCUUUACACAAAGAGAGCAGCUCUGUUAAGUCAAGCAUCUGCAUCUUUUUCCUCCAACUUCUUGGCUUCAUCUUCCCCGUUACCUCUGGGAUCUCCCGAAAGCCAGCUUACGUCUAGAAAACCUUCUCCUAUUCCCUCACCUCCAAGCAAAUCACAAGCGGCAGUGCGAGCCCGGGAGUUUGCAGCUGACAUCUUCAGACGUGCACAGGGAGGAGGCAAAGAAAAGGAAGGCCAGGCAGAAAGACCAGUUGAUGGUAGUGAAAUAGAGGUGGCGCUGACACCAGGAGACAAAAGGAUGAAUGUAGAGAGGAGGAAAGUGGAGGAGGAGGAGGAUUGUAGAGAGAGGAGGGCUGAAGAGAGACGGACUAGUUUAACACAAGCUUCAACGUCAGCUGGGAGCCCCAGUUUGCCACAGUGCUCUGAACAAGUGAUGUCUCCUGGCUCCUGCUCCUCCUGUCCAUCAUCCCCUCAGACCCCAUCCUCAUCCCAAGAAGCUGGCCCCAGCGAGCCUGGAUAUGUCAACUAUUCAUGUCUGCACUAUCGACUUCAACAGCCAGGGGCAACCGAGCAGAAUGCUGCCAGUGAAGGAGGUUAUGAAGACGAUAAAGUUCAGCUACCUUUCACAGUCACUGACCUUAAAGGACGGAACUUGCAGCUGGUCACUGGGCCACACGAUGAACAAAGUGUCUGCGUGGAGCAGCUGACUCUAGACUUUGAGUAUCUUAUCAAUGAGGUGAUCAGGAGAGAUGCUGCAUGGGCCCCUCAAUUCUGCUCCUUCAGCGACUAUGAUGUGGUGAUAUUAGAGGUGUGUCCCGAAACCAACACUGUGAUGAUCAACAUUGGUCUGCUGUUGCUGGCCUUCUCCAACUCGGAGGAGGAGCACUGCAGGCCAAACACGUAUCACUCCAACCUGCAGGUCAGCUGGAACCUUAACACAGGUGCGUGUUGCACUGUUGGGGUAGGGGACCUUACAGAGGUCAAAGGUCAGACCAGUGGGACUGUGUGGAGUUCGUACAGGAAGUCCUGUGUGAACACAGUUAUGAAGUGGUUGGUCCCUGAGAGCACCUCCCGCUACAUUAAUCGCAUGACCAACGAAGCCCUACACAAAGGCUCAUCCCUGCAAGUGCUGGCUGAUAGUGACCGAUGCACCUGGAUUGUAUUAUGAAGACAAGACUCAUCAGAGCAACAGACACAAAAGCACACUGACGGAUGCACGUCGACAUGGCCUCAGCGGCAGUACGCAGCUCCACUUUGAUCCGCCACGCGGUUAGCAAGUGAGCUUGGGUAAGCUCAUAACACAUGUCAGAGUAAAACCAAACAAUGUGUGUACUGCAUUUAUGCGACCACCAAAAAGAAAGUGCCGGAGUUAGCAAACAAAGCGUUUUUACUAUUUUUGGUUUUAUACAUAAGGCUUUUCUGUUAUUGUAGUGUUUUUCUGUGUCUCAAACUGAAUGAAUGCAAUAUCUAUCUGCACAUCUGUGAUGUUCACCAAGGGGACUUCAUUCAGUAAAUAAGUGUGUAUGUAUGCAUGCAGGGAUACAUGUGUAAGAUUCCGCUGCUUCUGAAGUUUUUUUCCGCCUGGCUCGGAUCAGUUCUGUCUAGCUGUGUUGGGUCAAGACAACACUAUUUAAAAUGAGAGAAACUGAAUCCAGUACCGCUCACGUGACUCUUUAAGAUCUUUUUUUUUUUUAAACCAUGUCAUGAAAGUGAGGGGGUGGGCAGUUUGAUGUUUACUGCCAUCAACGCAGGACUAGGUUAUAUUGGGAUAUUUUGUGAAAAUAAAACUUUCAUUAUA